AUGGCCGCUCCUGCUUCCACCGGCGCUGUUGACCAGCUCGCUGCUGAUCUCGGCAACACCAGCCUCAACGGCUCCGACAAGACCCCGGCCAACAUCAACACCACCGUCAACCCAUCCGAGGGCGCUGAGGAUGGCGCCGCUCCCACCCCAAGCUCUGCCGCCCCAGGCAACCAUGCCUCGUCCGCCUCGCUCUACGUUGGCGAGCUCGACCCCACUGUCACCGAGGCCAUGCUCUUCGAGCUCUUCUCCCAGAUUGGCCCCGUCGCCUCUAUCCGCGUCUGCCGUGAUGCCGUCACCCGCCGAUCUCUUGGAUACGCCUACGUCAACUACAACACCACCAUUGAUGGCGAGAAGGCCCUUGAGGAGCUGAACUACACCAUCAUCAAGGGCCGCCCUUGCCGCAUCAUGUGGUCGCAGCGUGACCCUGCCCUGCGCAAGACUGGCGCUGGCAAUGUCUUCAUCAAGAACCUCGAUGUCGCCAUCGACAAUAAGGCUCUGCACGACACCUUUGCUGCCUUUGGCAACAUCCUCAGCUGCAAGGUAGCCCAGGACGAGCACGGCAACUCCAAGGGCUACGGUUUCGUCCACUACGAGACCGAUGAGGCUGCUUCUCAGGCCAUCAAGCACGUCAACGGCAUGCUGCUCAACGAGAAGAAAGUCUACGUCGGCCAUCACAUCCCCAAGAAGGACCGCCAGAGCAAGUUUGAGGAGAUGAAGGCCAACUUCACAAAUGUCUACGUCAAGAACAUCCAGACUGAUAGCACCGACGAGGAGUUCCGUGACCUGUUCACCAAGUAUGGCGAUAUUACCUCGGCUUCGCUUGCCCGUGACCAGGAGACCGGAAAGAACCGUGGUUUCGGUUUCGUCAACUUCACCACCCACGAGGCUGCCUUCAAGGCAGUCGAGGAGUUGAACGGCAAGGACUUCAAGGGCCAGGAUCUGUACGUCGGACGUGCUCAAAAGAAGCACGAGCGUGAGGAAGAGCUCCGCAAGUCGUAUGAGGCCGCUCGCAUGGAGAAGGCCAGCAAGUACCAGGGCGUCAACCUGUACGUCAAGAACUUGGGCGAUGACGUCGAUGACGAGAAGCUCCGCUCGAUCUUCUCCGAGUUUGGUCCUAUCACAUCUGCCAAGGUCAUGCGCGAUGCGAUUGAGCCCGGUGACGAGGCGGAAGACAGCGAGGGCAAGGACAAGGAGAACAAGAAGGAGGCGGAGGACACCUCUGGUGAGGAUGAAUCCGGCGAGAAGAAGGGCGAGAAGAAGUCCGACAAGAAGUUUGGCAAGAGCAAGGGCUUUGGUUUUGUGUGCUUCAGCAACCCUGACGAUGCCACCAAGGCCGUUGCCGACAUGAACCAGCGCAUGAUCGAUGGCAAGCCUCUCUAUGUUGCUCUGGCGCAGCGCAAAGACGUUCGCAAGUCCCAGCUUGAGGCUAGCAUCCAGGCUCGGAAUCAGAUCAGAAUGCAGCAGGCCGCCGCUGGCAUGCCUGGUCACUUCAUGCAGCCACCCGUUUUCUACGCUCCGGGUCAGCAGGGCGGAUUCCCCGGCGCAGGUGGGCGUGGCAUGCCGUACCAGCUCGGCAUGCCCAUGCCUGGUGCUCAGCCUGGCCGUCAAGGCCAGUUCCCCAACGCCUUCCCAGGCCAGCCUGGCGGUGGCCGUGGUGGCAUCCCCCCUCAGCAGAUCCCCCCCAACAUGUACGGCAUGCCUGGAAACUACCCACCUGGCGCGUACCAGCAGCCCAACAACCCUCAGUUCAUCCAGGCCCUGCAGCAGGUCCAGCACCAAGCCGCUGCUCUCGCCGGCGGCCGCGGCGUCCAGCCCGGUCGCGGGCCCAUUCAAGGCGGUCCUGGCCGUGGCAACAUGGGCGGACGCCAAGGUUUCCCUGGCCCUCAGGGUGGUCGCGGCGGUCCGAUGGGCGCCCCUGCUGACCUGAGUGCCUCUUCACUGCUCCAGGCUCAGGUUGCUGCUGCACCUCCACCUCAGCAGAAGCAGAUCCUUGGCGAGGCAAUCUUCCCCAAGAUCUCCAACCUGCAGCCUGAACUGGCUGGCAAGAUCACUGGUAUGCUCCUGGAGAUGGACAACCAGGAACUCAUCAACCUCAUCGAUGAUGACACCGCCUUGCGCGCCAAGGUUGAUGAGGCUAUGAAUGUUUAUGACGAAUAUGUCAAGAACCAGGGUGAUGAUGGUGAGAAGGAGGAGAAGGCAGAGUCCAAGGCCUAG